UCUUAUUGUUUGUUUAGUCUAUGUGAGUGUAUUGUCAGAAAGAUUUCAUAGAAACAGGAAUGUACCAGCCAAAGUCAGGGUCAUAGGAAACAAUUAAAAAUAUAGGUUUUUUUCUGUGUGGGAACUGACUUUUCCAACAUCAGGCUCAGCAGCUGCACCUGUCUGAUGCCUUUCUGCAGACACAGCUCUGGGCACACGUGGUACAACACGUGGACCAGCAGGAACAGCGGCUCUUCUCGCAGGAGAUGCUUUGUAUUCUUUCCAUUUGCAGGAGCAGCGUAAAUGCAAGUGCGGAGGCCACCCAGCAGGAAACAUCGGGGUUCGUUUAGAGCUGGUGAGCCCAGAGGAUCCAAAGCAAGUGCUGAAGAAGUUCUUGGGCAAGUGGAAGGGCAGGCCAAGUCCUCACAGAAAAUUGAAAACUUGAUGGAUAUGGUGAAGAAGUUGCAGAAAGAGGGAAGCCUAGAGCCCAGGGUUGAGGUCCUGAUUAACCGGAUUAAUGAGGUCCAACAAGCAAAAAAGAAAGCCAGCGAGGAGCUGGGAGAGGCCCGGACUGUCUGGGAGACUCUGCAGAAGGAACUGGACUCACUGAGCGGAGAGAAAGUGCGCCUGAAAGAGAUGUUGAGUAAAAAGCAAGAGACGCUGAGGAUCCUCCGGCUCCACUGCCAGGAAAAGGAGAGUGAGGCUCAGAGGAAGCAGAUCCUGCUAGAAGAGUGCAAGGAGCGAAUCUGUGCCCUCAACUUCCAGAUUGAGGAGGAGAAGAGCAAACAGAGGCAGCUGAGAUUGGAUUUCGAGGAACAGCUGGAAGAACUGAUGAGCCAGCACAAGGACCUCUGGGAAUUCCACCGUCCAGAGCAGCUGGCCCAGGAGAUUGGCGCCCUGGACAGUAGCAAAGAGCAAUUGCUCAAGGAAGAGAAGCUGGUGGAAGCAAAGCUGGAGGAUGUGAAGAAUCGCCUGUGCUCCCAGUUCGGUACCAAGGGCUGCUCUGCCAUCACUGAGGGGCUCUUCCUUCGCAGCAAGGAGGCAGCAACUGCAGUGCAUCUGUUUGAGGAGGAGACCAGAAAGGCCCAGGAGCUCCUGGAGGACACUGCCCAGCGCCAUGAGCAGCUGCAGGAGGAGUGCCAGCAGCUGCAGCAGAGAAGGCAGAGGCUGAAGGAGGAACUGGAAAAGCUCGGCGGGCAGGUCACUGCUCAGGCCGAGAGCAAACAAGAGGAUGGGACCAGCCCAGAAGCAGCUGCCAAUCCAAAGCCCCUUGGAGUCAGCGAGGAGAAAGACGCAGAGCUGCCCGCCGAGCAGGCCUGAUACCCUCCUAGGCGAGGAGGUUCCCCUGCCCUGGAGCUUAUGCCUGGGCUUCAGGAAAUAAAGACACUAUUUCUGU